GAUAAAGCAUAACCGUCAACAUACAUGUUUCCUGUCAUAUCCUACCUGAUUCCUUUCUAUAAAAUAAUACUAACAGUUUAACUUUGACUAGAGUGUUGUGUGCAUUACAAGUCGUUCGGUACAAUGAUUAGUGAAAUUUGUUUUGUAAAUAUUAUCUUUACAAUAUACGGAGUAUAUUAUAAUGUCCUAGAGGGUUGAUAUAAACUAAGGAAUCAAUCUGACGAUAAAGAUAGAGUCAACUCGAUGUAUUCUCUUGACAGAAAGUUAAGAAAGGACGUUGGGUAAUUGUCACAUGCACUGUAAAAGACGAACGAAUAUAAAUCGUUAAUAUAUACUCGUGAGCUUAUCUAAAUAUUCAUCGACAAAGCUCCGCAGUAAUCUUGAUCGAUCCGUUCGCGAACAUUUUCUUUUCUUCUUACCUACUUGCUCGUUCGGUCGUUCGUUCUCUCCUAAUAAUAACAAGUUUUCUUUUCGAUAAAAUUUUCAAACAAAUUUGUUAAACGAUUGAUCGAUCAUACGAAGGACAACAUGGAGGAACCUCGCUUGGAUAAUGAUAAAGUGGAAUUAAAUAAUAAAGGAUUAGACGAUAAGACGAAUGAUGUUGAAAAAAUUGUUAUAUCAAAGGAUGUUGUGUCCGUUGAUAUGACGGACAAAAGAUCGCAAGCUCACAACACACGAGCUGUUAAUACUUUUGCAGCGAAGAAAACUGUAGCCCAAGGUAUGAUGGAUGUAGCAUUGAUUACAGCUAAUGCUAAUCAGUUAAGGUACCUUAUUGAAUAUCAACGAAAUAGUCCUACCUUUUACGUUAUUCUGAUCCUCAUUGUCAUCAGUCUUUUGCUACAGAUCGCCGUUGGUGUAAGUUUAAUUUUUAAAGGCAGAUUCGAUAUGAAAGGACAAUCAAAGUCACUUAAUGCACGAAAAAUUAAUAAUUACGUUGUUGUCGGUGUAUUUCUUAUAACUAUUAUUAACGUUUUUGUCGCUGCAUUUAGUGUAACUACACCGGCUACAACCGAUAUUACAUCUACGUCUAGGUCUACGUAGAUAUUACGCAUGCAAUAAUGUUCAUUUUCAACAUUACAAAAAAGAUUUUCCCAUAAUAAUUUUAUUAUUAAUUUAUACCCUGUUUGUGUGUAACAAUAAUUUGCAAAUAAUAUGAAUGCAUUAGAAACAGUAUUUACAUAUUGUUUUUUUUUUUUUUUUAAUAUCGCUCGAGUCUCGUAUUUAUAACUAUUAAUAAUUGAUUAUUAAUAGUUUUUCGAUUAUUUCGUGAAUUAAAACUUAUACUUAUGUAACAAAUAUUUUUCAACGUUUCUUUGUUUAUGUAUUAUCAACAAUUAUAUUAAUAUGAUCGUAUAGAGUAUUGG